CGGGACGGCGGAGCGGCGCGGAGCGGCCAUGCCCUGCUGAGGAGCCGCGCAGGAUGUUCGGGCUGGAGCAGUUCGAGCCGCAGAGCAGCGGCCGGAGCAGCGGGCAGGCGGAGCGGGGCUUCGGCCAGCCCGGACUGAGUAUGAGCGCGCACUUCAAGGCGCCGGCCUUCCCCGGCGGCGGCCCAGCGGCGGCGGCGGCGGACCCGGCCCUGGGCGCGCUGGGCGAGCCGCCCCUCCUGGGCAUGAACAUGAGCCUUGCCGGGGACGCCUACGGCUUCCCGGGCCGCGGCCCCGCCGAGCUGCACGGCGGCGGCAUGCAGCCGCCGGUGCACGGCUUCUUCGGAGGGCAGCAGUCGCACGGCGGCUCCGGCGGCGCCCCCCACCCGCACCAGCAUCCCCCGCACUUCGGCGGCGGCUUCGGGCCCGACCCUGGCGCCUCCUGCGUGCACGGCGGGCGGCUCCUGGGCUACAGCGGCGCGUUGGGCGGGCAGACGGCGUUCGCCGACGGCUACGAGCACAUGGCCGAGGGCCAGAGCGGCGAGGGCUUCGGGCAGCAGCGCCCCGGGACCCUGCCCGAGUUCCAGCACCACGGCGCUGGCGCCGCCAGCCACGCCGUGCCGGCACCCUGCCUGCCCCUCGACCAGUCCCCCAACCGCGCCGCCUCCUUCCACGGGCUGCCGGCGGCCGGCUCCUCCGAGCCCCACGGCCUGGAGCCGCGGCGGCUGCCGGCUCAGGGCGGCGUGGACUCGCUGGAAUACAAUUACCCCGGCGACGGCCCCGCGGGCCACUUCGAGCUGCCCGUCUUCUCCCCGUCGGAGCCCGAGGGGCAGCUGCCGCACUACGCCGGCGGGCGGCAGGUGCCGGCGGGCGGCAGCUUCGCGGGAGCGCCCGCCCUGCCCCGGGCGCCGGGCAUGGCUGUGGCCAAGGCGCACCCGCCGCAGCAGCACGGCGUCUUCUUCGAACGCUUCGGGGGGGCGCGGAAGAUGUCGGCCAGCCUGGAGCCGGGGGCCAGCGCCAGGCACCCGCUGAUGCAGCAGCAGCAGCAGCCACCACCACCGCAACCGCCGCAGCAGCCGCCGGGCUUGCUGGCCAGACAGAACUCCUGCCCGCCAGCCAUCCCUAGGCAACAGCAAACAGAAGCCAACACUCCCAACCCCAACCUGCAGGACAAUGGGCCCAUAAUGCAGAACCAGCAUGCACAGUUUGAAUACCCUAUUCACAGACUGGAGAACAGGAAUAUGCAUCCCUACACCGACCCCAUGUUUAAUAUGCAGCACCCUCCUCCGCAACAGCCACCAAAUCAAAGACUGCAGCACUUCGAUGCCCCCUAUGUGAGCGUCGCCAAGAGGCCGCGGUUCGACUUCCCCAGCACCCCCGGCGUCGAGCGCUGUGCCUCCUGGGGCGGUGGCAUGCACGGCCCGGCCAUGGAGAGCCACCUGUCCCCGACGGCCUAUCCCGGCCUGCCGGGCGAGUUCACCCCGCCAGCGCCCGAGGCCUUUGGGGGCCCGCUGCCGCACGGCGGCCCCGAGCACCCUGCGCUGGCGCAACGCCAGAACGCGGCCCUGGUGAUGAAGCAGAUGGCCUCGCGCAGCCAGCAGCGCCUGCGGCCGCCCAGCCUGCAGCAGCUGGGGCACCACGGUGAGGUGGGCCCGCCCGGCAGCCUGCCCCCACCCGCCUUCGAGCGGGAGGCCGGUGGUGGCCGCAGCUUCGACCCACCGGCGCCACACAUGGCCCCCGACAGCGCCUGGUUUGCGGGGCCACCACCGCCUGGGGAGCUGCUGCCGAGGCGCUUGGCAGCGCCAGGGCUGCCGGCUGAGGCGGCCCCCCACGAGCUGGGCCUGCAGCCGGGCGGCCCCGCUGUGCUCUUCCGGCCGGGUGCCGGUGGACUGGGGCUGCAGGAGCCCCUGCGGAUGGCAGGUGAGGGGCCGGCGCAGGCCCUGCCGUCACCCGGCGUCCACCCACCCUUUGCACCCACCAUGGGUGGCCUCUCACAGCUGCAGUCACCGGGCGGUGGCGUGGCACUGCCCAGUGCCCCCACUGAGCGCCGCGGCCCCACCGACUUUGCUGCCCAGCCCAGCUUCCCCUUCGCUGCGGCGGCGCGGCAGCCAGCGGCCCAUGGGGCUGCACCUGCCCUCAGCGCCUCGCCGGGCGCUUACCCGCCACCCCCACCCGAGUUCCCCCCACCACCCCCGCCUCGGCCUGCCGCCAGCAAGCUGGGUGCUCUCUCGCUGGGCUCCUUCAGCAAGGCAGCCAGCAAGGACAACGUCUUCGGGCAGAGCUGCCUGGCUGCCCUCUCCACUGCCUGCCAGAACAUGAUCGCGAGCCUGGGCGCUCCCAACCUCAACGUCACCUUCAACAAGAAGAGCCCGGCCGAGGCCAAGCGCAAGCUCAGCCAGGCCGAGCCUGACCCGCCACCUGCCGCCCCGGACUACUUCCCAGCAGGGCCACCAGCGGGUGGAGGUGGCACGGGCAAGGCAGCGGGCAGUGCCCCACUGCUGCCCGCAGAGAGCAGCCUCUCGCCCGGCUACGCUCUGGAGCCGGUGGCCAGUGGCGAGGGGAAGGCGGGUGGCGGGCGGGGUCGGGGUCGCCGGAAACGGGACAGUGGGCACGUCAGCCCCGGCACGUUCUUUGAGAAGUUCUCGGCCGCGGAGGGCGGUGGGGCCGGUGUCAGCCCGGGGCAGCCGGCGGUGCCGGUGACGACGGGGGGCCCACCGGGGGCUGCGGGCGCUGAGCGCGGUGGGGGCACCCCCCAUGACAAGCCCCUGACUUCACCCUCCUGGGGCAAGGGCAGUGAACUGCUGCUGGCGGAGCAGCCUGACCUGAUGUCUUCCCUGGACAGUGGAAUCCAGAGCGUGACCAAGUCAGACGGCAGCUCCCCGCACGUGGACUUUCCUGACGAGGUCAGCACCAGCUAUGGCAACGAGGAUGAGGUGUCCUCCAGCUCUGACAAUGCUGCCUCCAAGCCCACCCGCAGCCCGCUGUUGGGUGGCUCACCCAAGCUGCCCCGUGGGGAGCACGCACUUCUCAACGGACAGAAGCCCCUGGCCCUUGGCCUCCUCAGUACAUCUACCUCGACCCCCGACAGCUACGGGCUCAGCACCACGGCGGGCGCCCACCCUGGCACGCCGAGCAUGGAGCAGGUGCGGACCCCCACGAGCACCUCGGCCCAGGAUGAGAUCCACCCCCUGGAGAUCCUGCAGGCACAGAUCCAGCUCCAGCGGCAGCAGUUCAGCAUCUCGGAAGACCAGCCCUUGGGGCUGAAGAGCAAGAAGGGGGAGUGUGCGGGGCAGAAUGGGGACAGUGACCUGGGCAGCUGCUGCUCGGAGGGUGUCAAGGGCACCAUGAGCACCAUUGACCUGGACUCCCUGAUGGCGGAGCACAACUCCACCUGGUACCUGCCUGGUGAGAAGGCCCUGAUGGAAGGGCAGGAGGAGGACAAGUCCAUGGCACCCUGGGAGAAGCCCAAGCCCUCGAACCCCAGCAAAGAAGCCCACGACCUUCCCCCGAGCAAGACCUCGGCGGCGGCGGCGCAGACGGGCAGCCACCUGCAGUGCCUCUCGGUCCACUGCACGGACGACGUGGGCGAGGCGAAGGGCCGGACUGCGGUGCCAACGUGGAGGUCCCUGCACUCGGACAUCUCCAACAGAUUCGGGACUUUUGUGGCUGCCCUGACUUGAACAAAAGAAAUUAUUUUUUUUCUUUUUUUAAUUUCAAAGGGCCGCUACUGCUAGGUGGACUAUUUUUCUAGGUUGGUACCUGCUUAGUGGCAUAUGGACUGGAAAGGGUUAAUUUAAAGUAAACCUCAACUUUUUUUUAAUCUUCUGCCACAGUAUGUUACCAGUGUUAACCCUUCUGCAGUUAGCACACUUUUGCUUAAGAUUUUCCUGCUAGACCACUUUUUCCCAUUAUUCUGUAACCUUGGCAUACAUUUAUAGAUGAGGCCUUUUCCUUUUUCAUCUCAACGUAUGUCCAAGUCACGUAUGUCAUAAUAAGACAAAGAUUCUCCUCCUCCUUCUCCUUUUUUUCCUCAUUUACUUUGUUUCUCCUUUUUUUUUUUUUGUUUUGUUUUGUUUUGCUUUGCUUUGUUCAGUACUUAUUACAAUGGUGAUCCUGAGGAGCAGCAGUUCAGGAAUAAACACCAGUGAAAGUGAAAUGGUCAGCAUUAAAUUAUAUGUCGUACUGACACCCAGCCUUUGCCAGUCACAUACAAAACAAGCAGUUGAUGCUCUGUCGAAUGUUCAGGCAUGGACCUGCCCUUUCCUGAAAGAAAGAAGUUCUCCUGUUAAUGAGGUUCAGCCUCAUUUGCUCUGUGCCUCCUGGUGAGGCCAGGACGCUCCUUCUUCUCUGUACCUGGGCCCAGCCCCGGGAUGGAGCUCUGUCAUGAACGGGCUGGUUCAGGCACAGCGGGGAAUGUACCAAGGGGUUUUUCUACGUAAGUCUAACGGGAAGUUUUCUUAAUGGUCAAGAGUCAUUAUCUCCUCCUCUGAAGGCCCAGGCUCCCUCUUGCUUUCCAGGGCCUGGUGGUGCUCCUGCAGUUCCCACUUUACUGAUGCUGAAAAAGAAAAUCAUCUGCACCCUGCCCAUUUUUUGCCCAUUUUUAGCUGCAGAAAGAUGCUGUUGAUUGGUAGCAGGUCCAGUGUCCCCUGCGUUUGUCUGGGGGUGCCCCAGCCCCUGCCACCUCAGGUCCCGAUGCAGUGGCAGCAGCUGGGGAUGGCCCAGGUUGGGGGAUGCAGGGGGCUGUCUGCUAGAGGCAGCGUUUCCUAAUCUGCCAGUGCAGGGAGAUCCCUGUCAGACCUCCCAAAACUCAUUCAAGGUCCUGUUUCUGCCACACACUGAAGAACAGCAUUGCUGGAUGCACACAAUAAAAGGAAAGCCAUGCUUUCCUGCUCGGGCUAGAUAAUGCUCAUUCGAGACGAAAGUUGGAAGCAAACCAGAUAAACCCACGACUGACACGAUGGUCUGACUCUCCAGCGGUUUUACGUAAUACUGUCCAUUAUUUGUGUGUCCCUGCGCCCAGGAGUGGCCCCGUCUUGCCCCGUGCCGGCAGCUCGCCUCCCGCAGAUCCUGGAGCUCAGGAACAGCACUGGAGGAUUAGGUUUUGGCUGCCAAAUAAAGGUUGGCCUCUCUAGGGUUAUUUAUUCAUGAUUUCACAAAUGUGUCCCUGUUGAAGGGAUGGAGUUGAAGACUGCUUUGUAUUUUAUCUUUGAUGAUUGUGCUGGGGUUUUAAUUAUUUUGACGUAAUAUUCUCAGUAGACACCAAUGGAGAGGAAAUUCUGCCUAAAAAGCCAAGGGUGGUCUGGAAUCCUCACUCUCAGUCGUAUGUGGCUUCAGAGAGACUCGCAGUGUUUGGAAAUGUGAUUUGAAUGUGCUCUUAUUAACCAUGCAUGGAUUGAUUUAUGGGUCUGGUCAAUGAAUUGACUUUGGAUAAAUUUGGAUAGUUUUGAAUCUUGAUUUUCAAUAUUAUUUUGCUUUUUAUUGAAGCUGGAGCUGCCACGAGGAUGAGGAUUUUUGCCCAUCCUGAAGCAAUUGGCUGUGGAGUUGCCUCACGCCCGCUUGGUUUGGAACAAAAAGCUGGGAUGGUUUGUACCUCUGUUGGGGUGUGUGACUGGGAGUGCAGAACUCCUCCUGCACCUGCAAUAAAAUAUCACCAUCCCCAGAAAGUAUCUCCUGGUAGGAUAUUCACUGUCAGCCUCCCUCUGGAAGGUGCCUCUUCGCCUGUGAUUCCUCCAGUCCUGGCUCACCCAAGUAUGUGAUUUUAAAUCCUGUCAGCAGAGCAUGAGGGGAUGCUGAGCUAGGGGGUCUGUGCCUGCCAGGGCACUUGUGCUGCUGUGGGGGGCUCGGUCCACAGAGAGGGGUCCUGGCGUGACCCUGGUACGGUACUGUCUUCCACCACAGCUGAAAAUUUUGUCCGAGUUCAUGGCCUCGUGGCAUUCCUGCAUGGAGUGCAGCCCCUUGCCUUGCUGCUUUGUUUUUAGUUUUUCCUGCUGCACUGAAGAGAACAGGUUUUUCAGGCUUCCUGAGGUCAGGGAUGCACACCCUGUGCCACGGGAAGGAACCUGUCAGGGAACACAGAGUUCAGAUGCUUUUAAAGAGAAAUCAUCAUUUGAGUGGAACUGUGCUGUCUUGGUCUGACCAGCAGUUCUACUCGUUCAUCAUUGGCAGCUUGUGCUUCUCUUCUGUUCUCAUCCACUCGGAACUUGCUUUCUCACUUGCUCAUGGAAAUGCAGAGUGCAAGCAAUUCCUUAAAAAUCGGUGGAAUUCUGUGAAAUGAGGCCAGGCUGUUCUGAGGCCAGGGGCUGUGUCUCCAGGUGCCGAGCCACGGGAGCUGUGGCACUUGGCUGCUGCUGGCUCCGCUCUGGGUGGUGGGUGCAGUGUGGGGAACAGGACUGUCAGAGAGUGAGGAAUUAAACCAGUGGCUGGCUGUGUGCUGGGAGUUCUCCUGAAUCAUAUGGUCACACGCAAUCCUCUUGCUAACCUCCUGUCCCUUUGAUCUUGACUGAACGAGCUCUGUCUAGGGCAGCCACUGGUGAUGCCAGGACCAACCAAACCUGUGCUUUUAGGGUUUUGUUGCUUUUUGCCAAAGAUCAGAACAGAAACGGUACAUCCUGACCAGGACAGGCAUCACAUCCUGCUCAUCACCUGGGAAUGUGGUACUGACAGUGUAUGCAGAGGGCUCGAGCUUUGUCACAGAGCUGGUGGUACCUGCACUGAUUUCAUUGUACCCAUUAAUUUUACCCAUUAAUGAUGUGAUUUUCUGAAUAAUAAUAUUCCAACUGAAGCAUGUUUGAGAGCUGUAGGUAAAAGCCAGUUGUGGAAGAGGUAAGUUGCACUCUUGUGGAGAGGGAAACUGAGGCACGGACAAUUUUGACCUGAGCAUGUCAGGCAUAUCGGUGGCAGGGCUGAGCUGCACUGAGGUCUGACCUCUGCUCACUGCAGAGCCCCACGCCCAAGGCUCACUUCCUUCGGGGUCUCAGCUGGGUCAGUGGGGAGAAUUUUAUGAGCUACAUGUUUCCCAAGUGCCAGGGCAAAGCCAGGAUGGUGAAACCUCCCACCCGUGUGUCCUAUGUGGCUUCCAGAUGGGGGACAUUGUACAAGAAGCCAAAGACUGGUGGUACAUGACGCACGAUCCGCUUUGGAUUGCGAACAGCAGCUAAAACGUGGCUUUGCCUUUGUCGUGGGGCUUCUCCCUGGCCAGCCCGGCGCCGGAGGCUCCCACACAGCCUUGGAGCUGCAUCAGGGGAACCAGGACGUCCCCCACCUCCCGGCCCUGUGCCCUGGCUCCUUGUGUGUUUGUUAGAAGAAACCCUGUGCUUAGUCUGCAAGUUACAGUGUCAUAGCAAACUGAGCAAAGUUUGUCUUGCAUUUCAAUUGGGAGGAGUGAUAAAACAGAUCACUUUCUCCUGGAGUUACCCAUUCUCUGUUAUUUGAGCAUCAGUGAGGUGGUUUAGGCUCAUUGUUAUUUAGUUAAGGUUUUCACUGUGUGUGAAGGUGGAGGGGGAUGAGCACCAGAAUUCUGUCACCUGGAUCACUUGGGGACCUGUGCAGAUCCCAUGGCCUCCAUGGUAACUGUGGUGCUGGCUGACCUUCAGAACCUGGGAUCAAGAUUGGACUUCCAGGCACCACCAGCAAGGCAAAAAAUUCCAAUUUCAGUAGGCAGAAGGGGUGAGGCGAGUGCAGGGCAGCAGGAUGGGCACUGGGAGGGUGGGAGGCAAUAGAAACCAAAUGGUACAUUUGGCUUAUUUUUGUUGAGCUGCAGUGUAAGGUUUUCUCAGCUGCUGGAUUCACAGCUGUUCAAGGGAUGGUGUGUAAGAGCAUAACCCAUUUUUAUAGAAUUGUUUCUCCUUUAUUGCUUAAGGCUAAUGGAGGAAAUAGUCUAAUUUUGUCUUAGAAAUUCUCUAUUAAAAUUGUUGGUUUGAGUCCAUCCGCUCAUAGGUUCUGACUGAUGAAACUGCAGGCUCUGAUUUCUGGCAGUUGUAACUUUAUCACUAUUCACUACCCAAGAAUAUUACAGCUUUAAAACAGCCUUAAGCAAAAGGAUGUUAUUUCUUUGUACUGAAUUUGGUUCAUGGAAAAGAAAAAAAAACCUGAAAACACUGGUAAUCCGUACUGCAUAGCAAACUCUUCUGAAAAAUGUUAUUGCACAUGUAAAAUAUGAAAACUUGACUCUGCUGUGUGUUAGGCAAUCCUGUAAUCUUUUUUUUUUUUUGAUUCUUGUUAAAUUCAUUUCCUAAAUGCUUGGUUGGAAGACUGUGACAAUAGCUCAUGAAAUUGAGUGUUAUUUUUCUUUCUUUUUUUUAAAUAUGUAAAGUGCAGUCUUCUGUAUUCCUGCAUAUUGUACAUAUCUGUAUAUGUUUUACUGAGCAACUAAAUAACAAUAAAUAUGAUGUUAAUGGUGGCUACU